CCUCCCAGCCACAGGCACAGAUCCUUAGCCACAGUGCCACCGCUCUGCUCUGCCCACCCCCAUGUUGGUGGUACUUCACCAGGGCCUGCUGGCCCCCUACAGAGGCCAGGUUGCCAGACCACUAGUGUCCUCUCUCUGCCUUUGCCUGAGGCCUUGCGUGAGGGAGUUGAUCCACCUGCGGCCGAUGGCAGAGCCUGAUGUUGCCUUGUAGCCUGACACCUGGUCCCCAGCCUGGUCUGCCCCUGGAGGACGACGUUGUUGUAGGACUAAGCUGUCUUCCAAGGGCGGGGGAGCUAUGUAAUGUUCUGCAAACACCUCUCCCCCCCAAUGACCCACGUCUCUCUCGACCUGGGCCCUGACUGCAUCUGUUCCCUCCUGCCUUGCCCUGUGCAAGGAGGCUGCCCAUCUUCCCUGUGUCUCGCUCUGGGAGGUGUCCCAUUCUCUCUCUCUCUCAGGGGUCGGUCUGCCUGCUGUUAAUGAAAGACAAUAAACACCCUGGAGGGGAAACUAAGUCUCUCAUCCUCACUGCUGUUCUCUCGUUGCUGAAUCUGGGAUGCAGGGUGGUUUACUGAAAUAUCCAGUGUAUAUCCUCAAAACCUUCCUCUUCAGGAGCGAGACGAAAUGUGGAGACUCGUUGGCUGGAACCAUUUCUUGAUUAGUUUUGUGUUUUUUGAGCAAGUAAUGGCUGUGACCAAGAACUUACUCCACAUCAGUCAAAGUAACAGUCUUCACAAUGAAGUAGCUGACGAAACCCUAGCUGCACAUUUCCAUUAAAAGAGGCCCUUCUAUUUCAGGAAGGUAGUAUCGAUGAAUACGCUGUUUGGCCUGUAAAAAAUAUUUUUAUUUGAUACCAGCUUCAAGUCAGGUUGGCGUUGCAGCCCUGGGUUGAGUUCUUGAGGAGGCGUGCGUGCGUGCGUGCGUGCGUGCGUGCGUGCGUCCGUCCUGUAAUUGAGUGGCAUCCCAUUCAGGGUGUACCCCACCCUACUCUAGUUGCUUUCUGGGAUACGCUCCAGCUCUCCCUGCAGCCCUGAAGUGGAUAAAGCAGAUAGGAAACAGAUGGAUCGCCAGGCGUUUUGUAACGGAGCUGUGCCACAUCAAAAGAAAAAUAUGGGUCUCCCUUGCUCACUAUCCCUCGUUUCUCACUUAUACAAUCUCAUCUACAAACAGAGCGUGCAGGAUUCAUUCUGUUCAUUCUGCUGAAGAGAGUUCAAGCGCAGCGCCACUUUCGGUUUCGGGCUGGGUGUGGAUGUGUUAUUCAGCAGGGGGCUGGAAGGAGGAACAGCUGCAGGGCUGAGAUAUCAGUCUCCGGGCUGUGUCUCCCCCUGAUACUGUGUCGUCAGUGCUGCUUCAUCUUAAGAGCUGUGUGAGAGACACUCCUCACUCUGGGAUUCUCACUGGGAGACUGUCUGUGUCUUCAGUGCUGCUUCAUCUUUAGAGCUGUGUGAGAGACACUCCUCACUCUGGGAUUCUCACUGGGAGACUGCCUGUCUGUUCCUGGGAUGAAGUUGGAGUUGGAGUCAGUAUGGAUUCUAAUAAUUCUGCUUUCCUUUCUCCAGAUCCCUGUCUCAAUAUCAGAGACGUUCCGGGUUCUGGGCCCAGCGGGUCCUGUUGUUGCUGCAGCUGGUGAAGACACUGUCCUGCCCUGUUACCUCUCACCCAGUAUCAGUGUGCUGGAUCUGGAGAUCAGGUGGUUUAGAGGGGACUUCUCAGAACUUGUAUUUUUAUACCGUAAACAUAAGAAUCUCUUUGAUUAUCAGCUCCCGUCCUACAAGGGGAGGACUGAUCUCUUCCCAGAGGAAUUCCCAAGAGGCAACGCCUCUCUAAGCCUGAAGGACGUGCGAGGAACCGAUGAUGGCCUGUAUACCUGCCUGGUUCAGUCAGCAGACUGGUACAAGGAAGCUAUGAUUGACUUAGCUGUGAGGGCUCUGGGGACCCAGCCCUCGGUGUCUCUCCACUCCACUGGAGGGGGUCAGACCCAGCUGGUGUGCAGGUCAGAGGGGUGGUUCCCUGCACCUGCGGUGACCUGGACAGACAGGGAUGGACAGGAUGUGACGUCACUGUCCAGCACCACAGUGGAGAGGGACAGUCGGGGGCUCCUCAGUGUCAGCAGCUACCUCCCGGUCAAACAGGAGUCCAACAUCUUCUCCUGCCUGGUGAGAAGUGCAGUGCCUUAUCCAGACAGGGGGUCUCUCCUCCACAUAAGCGAGGACAUUUCCCCAGGGCCAUCUGGGUGGAUGGUGGCUCUCCUCUUGACUCUGAUUCUCAGUGUUGGGUUGACCAAUCUACUGAUUAAGAAGUGGCGGAAACUGCACGAUUUUCCCCAGCUUCACAAAGAACUCGACACAGUGACACGUUGUUGUAAAUCAGCGGAUGUGGCUCUGGACCCUGACACAGCACACUGUGAGCUCAUUAUAUCAGGCAGUGGAAAGGUACUGCGGAGGGGGAACUGGAGAGUUGUCUCUGACAAUCCCAAGAGGUUCAACCGCUGGUUCGCUGUCGUGAGCAAGGAGGGCUUCUCCUCGGGGCGACACUACUGGGAGGUGAAGAUCACCCUCACAAACGCCAGGCCUGGAACUGGCUGGACUGAGCGUGCAGGAGUCUUUGUUUAUUCAUUCUGCUGGAGUGAGUUCAAGGGCAGCGCCACUUUCAGUUUCGAUCUGGAGGUGGGGGCGAUAGACUGGUUCAGUGUGGGGACCCAGCCCUCAGUGUCUCUCCACUCCAAUGAAGGGGGUCAGACCCAGCUGGUGUGCAGGUCAGAAGGUUGGUUCCGUAAACCUGCAGUGAACUGGACAGACAAGGAUGGACAGGACGUGACAUCACUGUCCAGCACCACAGCAGAGAGGGACAGACAGGGGCUCCUCAGUGUCAGCAGCUACAUCCCAGUCAAACAGGAGUCCAACAUCUUCUCCUGCCUGGUGAGAAGCACAGUACCGCAGCUCGACUUGGGGUCUGAGCUACACAUACCCAGAGAUUUUUCCCCAGGACCUUCUGGGUGGAUGGAGGCUCUCAUCUUGACUCUCUUUCUCAGUGCUGGGGCAGCUGCUCUGCUGAUCAUCAACUGGAGAAAACUGCAUGACUUCCCUUUGCUCCACAGAGAACUUGAUAUAGUGAGACGUUGCUGUAAAUCAGAAUGGGAGUGGGUUUGCAGGUCUGCUGUGGAUUUGACUCUGGAUCCCGAAACCGCACAGUGCGAGCUGGUGCUGUCAGGGGAUGGGAAGAGAGUGCGGUUUGGAGAGCUGAAAGAUGUUCCUGACAAUCCUAAGAGAUUUAAUCACUGGUGCUGCAUCCUGAGCAGGGAGAGCUUCACCUCGGGGCGCUAUUACUGGGUGAUACAAGUGAAUGAGUGGUGCACAGUGGGAGUGACCAAAGAGUCUGCCUGCAGGAAAGGGGCUUUCAGCUUCACCCCUGAGCAGGGAUACUGGGCUUUGGCGAGUCAUUCGUCUCGUCUCUUUGCUUUCACUGACCCAUGGACCCCACUCCCAAAUAGCCUGCUGCCCCGGAAGAUGGGGUUGUGUCUUGAUAUAGGGGAGAGGCAGGUCUCCUUUUACAAAGUGGAAUCCAGAUCUCAUAUCUACACCUUCACUGGCUUGGAAUUCAGAGAAGGAGAGAGACUUUUUCCAUUCAUCUACACACGCGCAGAAAAAGACAUUUCAAUAGUAUCUCCAAAGGAUCACUAAAGAUCCAGCUCAUCCUUCUACUGUAUGCAUAGUGGAUGAGUGCCUUUAUAACCCAUACAAAGAGGAUUUUGAACUGAUUUAGGUUUGCCGUAGCAAAAGUGUGUGUGUGUGGGGGGGGAAUGUUUAUGCAAUCACCAUAUUUUAAGUUCGAAUUUUCUUUCCAGUUGGUGCUGACUUAAGCGCUUUCCCCAGAAGAAGAAUAAAUGUGCUCUGUUUUAUAUUUACUUUUAAAGUAUAUACAGUAUAUGCUGUAAACAUCAUUUUCAAGUGCUCUGUCUCAGGUACAAUGAA